CACAAUAUUAAUGUUCUAAUAUACCUUGUUACAAUAUGUUUUUAUUUAAUGUUCUGCAAUCAGUUCUAAUUAUAGUGUUUCUCGUUUAAGUUCAAUUUUUCUUAUUGCUAGCAUGAAAGGAUUUGCAAAGGCUAGACACACACUAAGCAUAUCUUGAAUAAUAACUUUAAAAGCAGAACAAAGCUCUUGAAGGCAAAAGGUAAUUCUUUUGGUGGAAAAAUCCAAGAACUGCUUGAAUUCAAAGAGGUUGAAAAUUCAAAGCAGGAGAAGAUGGAUUAUGUUUAUGGACCAGGAAGAAACCAUCUCUUUGUUCCAGGGCCGGUGAACAUCCCUGAACCGGUCAUUCGGGCAAUGAACCGGAACAAUGAGGAUUACCGUUCUCCAGCAAUUCCAGCUUUGACAAAAACUCUGCUUGAGGAUGUCAAGAAAAUUUUCAAGACUACUACUGGAACCCCAUUUCUUUUCCCUACAACUGGUACUGGUGCUUGGGAGAGUGCUCUGACAAACACAUUGUCUCCUGGGGAUCGGAUUGUAUCAUUUCUGAUUGGCCAAUUCAGCUUGCUUUGGAUUGAUCAGCAGCAACGCCUUAACUUUAAUGUUGAUGUUGUAGAAAGUGAAUGGGGUCAGGGUGCCAAUCUUGAGAUUUUGGAAUCAAAACUUGCUUCAGAUACUGCACGCACUAUAAAGGCAAUUUGUAUUGUUCACAAUGAGACAGCAACUGGGGUCACCAAUAACUUGGCCAAAGUGAGACAAAUUCUUGAUUCAUACCAGCAUCCAGCUCUCCUUCUUGUUGAUGGAGUGUCUUCAAUUUGUGCUCUUGAUUUCCGUAUGGAUGAAUGGGGAAUAGAUGUGGCCAUAACUGGCUCUCAGAAAGCUCUUUCCCUUCCCACUGGGAUAGGUCUUGUUUGUGCUAGCCCUAAAGCUCUUGAGGCUUCAAAAACUGCAAGAUCACUUAGAGUUUUCUUUGACUGGAAUGACUACCUCAAAUUCUACAAGUUGGGAACCUAUUGGCCAUACACUCCUUCCAUUCAGUUGCUGUAUGGUCUCAGAGCAGCUCUUGAUCUGAUUUUUGAGGAAGGACUUGACAAUGUGAUUGCAAGGCACAGUCGAUUAGGCAAAGCAACUAGACUUGCUGUAGAGGCUUGGGGUUUGAAGAAUUGCACCCAAAAGGAAGAGUGGCACAGUGACACAGUGACUGCUGUUCUUGUUCCACCUUACAUUGAUAGUUCUGAAAUAGUUAGAAGGGGAUGGAAGAGAUACAAUUUGAGCUUAGGCCUGGGACUAAACAAAAUUGCUGGGAAGGUUUUCAGAAUUGGACAUCUUGGCAACUUGAAUGAGUUGCAACUCUUGGGUUGUCUUGCUGGUGUGGAGAUGAUACUCAAAGAUGUGGGUUACCCUGUGAAGCUUGGAAGUGGAGUUGCAGCUGCCAGUGCAUACUUACAGAACAGUGUUCCUCUGAUCCCUUCUAGAAUUUGAGUCACCAGCCAUUCUUGUCAUUACUUCUCUUCCUGCUCUUUCAGAUUUUAUGUAAAAUACAUAUUAUACCCUUUUGAACUCUCUUGAAGAUGAACAUAUUCUCUACUUUUAGUUUUAAUGUAUUGCUUCUUUCAUUA